AUGGUAUGUAGUUGUUCCCAUGUAAUUGCGUUACCUGAGUUGCACACGAUUGAGUCGCAGGACAUGUUCUCGGAUGAGUUUGGGCCGUGCGAGAUCCUGUGGAACCUUCCGUUUUAUUACGUGAAUUUGGACCGCAGUGUGAAGCGGCGCGAGUAUAUGGAGCGUACAUUUCCGCAUGCGACGAGGAUCCGUGCAGUGGAUGGCCGUGAUCCUUCAGAGGUGAUGAGUGCAAUUAACUUUCCUCCGGAUGAGCGGGGUCGGGGGUGGAGCCCUGCGGAGUUUGCACACUAUACCAAGCGCGUGUUCGGAGCCACGCCAGGUGAGCUGGGUUGUUAUGCGAGUCGCUUGGACGCGCUCAAGCAGAUGUACGAAGACGGCCACGAGCUAGCACUGGUUGGUGAAGACGACGUGGACCUGAAUAUGUGCCGUUUCUGGACAAGCGACCUGGCCCGCAUUGUGCGGCAGGUCCAGCAAGAAGACGCCGACUGGCACUUGCUGCGCUUGCAGUGGUCCGACAAAUAUGCGCAUAUGCAGACCAUUCGAGAUCUUCACCUUGACGCCGUCGAUGACUACCUUGACGCCUUGGUCGAGGCCACCGUCAACUGGGCCCUAAGAGAGACCGUUGGACCCCAACCGCCCGCCGGACGGGACCUACCGAGACCGGACGCAAGGCUGGGCUCUUUUUUGUCCGACGCAAGGCUGGAGUGGGCUAUGGACCGCGCGCAGCAGGAUGUCAAUAUGAAGGGCUGGGUCGACACACACCCGGCUGAGCCAGCCGACACGGACGGCAGGAUCCACUCCCACCCGAGGGUCCACUCGGACGCGAGAGACCACUCCGACUCCAUGGACGGUCGCCGAGGUCGGCUGGACCUGCGGGACGACAGGCAGGUGCGCCGGGCUGUGAAAGAGCGGUGGCUGGGGCGGUACCGCGAGACCGCGGGCGACUGGGUCCUGCCCGCUACUGGUCGCUACGCCCACGGCUACGGGACCGUAAUUGCUCUCUGGACGCGGAAGGGCGCUAAGGCGACCAUUGACGCUCUGAGUAGCGCGCCCAGCACCAACGUUACAGCCACGGGACGAGGACACGACGGGGAGGGUGCUCCACCACGUGGCGGGCAGGGCCGGUGGAGGUGUACGGGGGAAUGUAUUGCGGACUACCACUUCGAAGAGGUCAACGCACCACACGCGUAUAUCCCGCUUCCGCCCUUACUGCAGGUCGCUUUGCUCCCACCUGAGCAGGGCACCGGCAUCCGUUCUCGACCUGAGAAGACCUACAUAGACGCCCUCGCCGAACUCACCGGUUUAGGUCGCAGCUCCUCCGAUCUUAAAACCUAUAUGCGGCAAACCCGCUUCACGGAGGAGUGGUUCCAACUUAUCGAAGAGCACGUGCGCUGCAAACUACAAACCCCCAGGCGACGAGGCACGGCCGCCAACCUACGCGGGCCCUAA